UAUCUAUCCGUCGACUGUCACGCCGCUAUUGCUUACUUUCUCACCCAAAUCUCUCAUUUUCCCUCUCCCAGCCGUUACCGGCAGUCGCGCAUGACAUGACAUCAAUGAGCAUGAAUUUCCAAAAUUUCUUUCUAUCAUCCUUAUCCAUAAGAUACAAAUCAGAUUUUCCUUUUUUCCCCCCCUUUUUUUUUAACUUUAAUUCCAAAAUUGUUUUUCUUACGUGGGAUCCUAAGAUGCGCUCAUCAGCUUCAUUGGCGGACAUCAAUGGCGGCUGUGAAGGCAAUGAGCUUUGCUCCUCUCUUUCUGUUGUCUCUGCUGUUAGCAGCUCACAAUGUCGUUGUCAGUGAAGCGAGGAAAGGUGUUGGGAUUUACGUGCUGAGGAGAGGUGACCUCACCCUGCAGUUCACGAACUAUGGCGCCACCAUGCUCUCCGUCAUCCUCCCAGACAAAGACGGUAACUUAUCCGAUGUAAUACUCGGAUACGAUACGUUCGCUGGGUACAAGAAUGAUACAACCUACUUUGGAGCCCUGGUCGGGCGCGUCGCCAACAGGAUUGGGAAGGCCCAGUUCACCCUCAAUGGCGUCCGGUACAAGUUACCCGCCAAUGAUGGGAACAACACUUUACAUGGCGGUCUAGUAGGUUUUUCCGAUGUCAUAUGGGAUGUACAGAGCUACAAUACGGAGUCUCACGUGACAUUCACUUACAAAAGCUUCGAUGGUGAACAAGGCUUUCCUGGAGACCUCUGGGUAUCCGUUAAGUACAUGCUGAUAGGGAGGAACAAGUUGGGUGUGAAAAUGGAAUCCAAGCCCCUUAACAAGCCAACUCCCGUGAAUCUCGCCCUCCACACAUACUGGAACCUCAGGGGACACAACAGCGGCGAUAUCCUCUCCCACAAAAUUCAGCUCUUUGCCUCCAAAAUCACCCCAGUAAACGACAAACUCAUCCCCACUGGAGAGAUCAAAGACAUUAGAGGAACACCGUUUGAUUUCCUCCAGUCCCGACCCAUAGGAAGCCAGAUAAACGAACUUCCCAAUGGUUAUGAUAUCAAUUACAUUCUCGAUAAGACGAGCAAUGCCCACUUGAAGAGGGUUGCAGUCGUGAAGGAAAGUGUCUCAGGAAGGAAGCUGGAGCUGUGGAGUAACCAGCCCGGGGUCCAAUUCUAUACGAGCAAUAUGUUGAAAAACGAGAAGGGAAAAGGAGGAGCCAUUUACAAGAAGUACGCCGGACUUUGCUUGGAGACUCAGGGGUUCCCCGAUUCGGUGAACCACCCAAACUUCCCAUCCCAGAUUGUGAAUCCCGGAGAGACGUAUAAGCACAUCAUGCUGUAUAGGUUCACGGCCUAAAGAAUCAGCUGGAGAAACUCCAGUCUUAGGUUUGAUUGAAUUUGCGUUGGUGAAGAAGGCAUCUUGGUUCUUAUGUAUAGCAGCUGAUGGAAUAACCAGCUUAUCUAAGAAAAGGAGGACAAUCGUGUCAACAUUAUUUUUGAUAGGCUUUUCAUGUCUUGUUGGGUCAAUUUAUGUUAUCAUAUUGUGUUCUUUUGUUGGAAA